CACUAUUUACACACCUGCACUUCUGUUCCCUAUUAUUGUAAACAUAUUGAUCCUGUGUAAUCCUGUGUAAUCCUCUGUAAUCCUGUAUAUUGUGAGUCAUCAUGUUUCUUAUCGUGUGCCUCAUCACAACCUACCUUAUCUGGAAAACGUAUCUUAUAAUCAAUACGAUGUUAAAUAGAAAGAGUUUAAGUGCAAUCCCACAACCGCCCAUUGAUAACUUCUACUUUGGACACGAGCCGUCCAUUACCAAGGCCAAAGAAGAGAAUAGAUUCCUAGACCUGUUUGUUGAAUGGGUCAACACAUACGGGACAACAGUGCUGUUCUGGAUCGGAGCCCGACCCUUUGUCUUUACAGCAGACCCUGAAAUGCUGAAACAGUGCGCCACUGAUCUCAAGUCUUUCUCAAAAGUCAACAAUCUCCCCAACAGACAUUUGUUCGGACAGAAGAUAAUAGGGACAGACAGUAUUCUCAGUGGAGGGGGGCUCAAGUGGGCGGUGAAGAGAAAAGUAAUGUCGCGUUUCUUUGCAAAGACAAAUAUGAAGGAGAUGUUUGAAGCAGCAAAGCCCCACAUGGAGGGACCAGAGUUGGGGAGAUGGAGGGAGCAAGUGGGAAGAGGAGAAGUACUGGACCUGCAUGAAGAGCUAUCCAUCACUUUCUCUUCUUAUCUCCAGGUCCUAGGACUAUCAGACUUCCUCCCGGCUAAAACCAUUGCUAGAAACGUGUUCCUUCUUCUAGAGGCUAUCCCCAAACAGCUCUUCCAGAGAUGGUCCUAUUUAUUAUCCUCUGACAAGACUAAAAUGUUUGCUCUGAUCAAGAAGAUGAGAAGUGACACAAAACAGAGUGUAGUGGAGAGAAUAGAGGAGAUGAAGAACAACCCUGACGACACAAUCCCCUCUCUAGACAUGUUAGGUCACCUGAUAGAGGCUAACCAGAGUAACGAUGGUCAGACUUCUAACUCCGAGGCAAAGGUAGUUGAGGGAGUGGUGGACGAUGUGAUGACCGUGUGUCUUGUUCUGGAUAACAUGGUUAAGCAGAUAUGUGCCCUUUUCAUGUUCUUAGAAAAUGAGCAGGAGGUACAAGGGAAAAUGAUGGAGGAGCUCCGCAACACUGAUAUAGAGGAUUUCAAUGACCUGAACAAUUUGAAAUACACAGAGAAGUGCAUUCUAGAGUCUCUCAGGAUGGGGCCGGCACUGUUGAGGGGCACCAGAACUUACAAGACCGCCACAAACAAGAGGUUCGGACCAUACGUAGUGAACACAAGAAAUGUUAGAGUUCACUUCUCGGAGUACGUAAUGCAGAUGAACCCGGAUUAUUGGCCAGAACCUAAAAAGUUUAACCCAGAAAGAUGGCAGCCAGGAUUCAACCCAGAGCCCUUCUCCUACAUGCCAUUCUUCGUAGGAAGUAGAGGCUGUCUGGGUAAACAUAUGGCUAUGAUGAUGAUGAAGUUAACGCUUUCUGUGCUGGCUAAAAACUUUGAGUUGCAGCAGAGUUUUAACAAGAAGGAACCGCCCACUAUAAAUCAGAACAUGGCUGUGAUGCGCAUUAUCAACAGAGUAGAUUGUUUGAUAACACCCUUAGCAGUAAGUUGAGUAGUUGGACAAUUUCUAUUGAAAUUUUCAUGUUUUUAAAGUUUCUAUAACUGAUCAUUGGUAAAGAAUAUUUUAUGGCCUUAAAAAAAGAACAAUGAGCGUGAUGAUUAUGAUAUGUGAUAAUACACAGUAUUAUAUGCAUAGAAUUUCACUGGACAGAAAUUAAGCGCCUAACAGGUUUUUAGAUUAACGAACAGAAACAGAACACUAACUUCUAACAUGAUUGUUAUGUUGAAGAAGCAAUAUAUUAUGUACCUCUCUGUUAAUACACCAAACUCUUAUGAAAUGUUAUGACUAUACUGAUCUACUGAUAUUUGUAUGCCAGCUUUGCUGUCUUAUUAUGUUGAGGUUUAACCAGUGGCCUAACGUUGCCUGUUGCCCCCCCCCCCCCCCCCCCCCUCCCUAAAAUUGAACAAAUUAGGUGAUUAUUUGUAGGUUUACAACCUACCAGGACGCGCGCCGAGUUGGACUCAGAUAUUUUACGAGUAUCACCCGUUAAGUGAUUAUAGGGGAUAUGCCGGUAAAAUCUCUAAUAAACUGUGUUUCUAGAGCAAAACGCACAGUUUUGCUAGUACUUAAGUUAAGUUUUUCAAAAUUGUCCCACAUUCAAAGACGAUUAUAUUUUUGUCUGCUUUAAUUGAUACUAAAUAAAAUUGUUGUUUUCUUGAAAUUGUUGACUUUCUUUGACUUUUAGUAAUUGAGAACAGUACAAAUUAAAAAACAAAUAUUUACUCUUGAACACAUUAUUGUGAAUCUUCGGCCGUAAAGUAAAGGU